AUGGCCCCUCCACAUGCCACCGACACUGUUGUCAUGACCAACAAUGCUAAAAGAUACGCGUGCGACCGGUGUAGGGACCUGAAGCUUCGGUGCCCGCGGAACUGCGAAGAUGCACCUUGCGACCGCUGCCUGCGCGUGGACGCUCGCUGCAUCACAAGCAGCGGUCGACCGCUGGGUAGGCCGUCAAAUCACAGCGAGUCGCACGUCGACAUGUGUCGCGCUAAUCAUCACACGCAAUACAAACGAAAAAGGGCGGCCGGGGUGCCCAAGACCAUGGUCGUUUCUAAUGCUUCUGGGAUACCACCCAAUCGCGGCCCGGAUAAAGCGAUCGACGCGUCCUAUGUUCCCACUGAUCUGGGUCCAUCUCCGUUCGACGGAAUGCUGACCAUGGAGCUGGACGGAAUCCACGGGCCCUAUGAUCUCCCAGAACCGAGCGCGGGUCUAACAUAUCCCAGUGGCCUGGGAAGCGGCUUCCCGGUGACGGGCUCUGGGGAUUCGCUACAUGUUGUCGACUCGCCCCGGUGGUGGGCCGCCGGCCGCGAUUCCCCGGACAGGGUUUACACCGACACCAGUGACAUCUCCAACGGACGAAGCAUCCCGGUUUUGGAUGAGUUCUGCGAUUAUGACCUCGGACCUCCUGACAUGGUGCCGAGAUUAUGCAGAGAGCCGUCCGGCAGCGAUUCCGCACCGCCAGACAUCGCCAUCACGAAUAGCAACCACAGACACAGCAACGACACGAGGUCAGCCGUCGGGCGGCCCAACAGCGACUGGACGCCGCCCCUGAUGAAUGCACUCGGGAGAAUCUCACACCAGCUAGCCGAACUAAGGGCUCAAGCAUGCGACCUCUCCUCGCAGCCCGUCGGGGCCUGCACGUUCCAAGGCAUCACGCCGAACUUGGAAUUUCUCGACACCGAGCUUGGCGACGACGCCUCUGACGCCUCGUCUCUGCGGAUCAGGCUUCUGGGGAAGGCAGUGGUCGCCACCAUGCGAUUCACCCUAGUGCUACAGAUGAUGGCGCCGUCGCCGGUGGACUGGGCCAGCUUCGUGGGCGACGACCACUCUUCUGGCUCGGCAGAGGAUGCUACCUCUCGCCCCGUGUCUAGCCGCUCAUCGCCUACUCCGGCAGCCGCGGCCAACUCCUCAUCGCAGGUCACUUUGAUCACCCUGUCGACCUACCUGCAGCUAGGGGAGCUAUUCGACAUCAUCCUGUCUCCGACUGUUCAAUUCCUGGACAGCUUAGCCAAUGCGACCCUAGGCCCCAGCGAGCCCACGGGGAAGACCGCAAUGUUACCGACGCCGUCGACUCUCUCGCAACGCUCGUCUGGAAUGAGCGGCACGGAGGCCAGCUCGUCCGCGUCGGCGUCUGGGGUCGCCCGGCCGCGCAGCCAGGACAUCCUGAUCACAAUCCGUGUCGUCGAGCAUCAGUUACAUAAUCUGGAGAAGGUCAUUGGUCUUCCCGCGGAAUAUUGCAUCGUGGGGCGCCAGGAUAUGCCAUCUAAGGUCAUGCGUGGCGGCGACGCGUCCGUCCUGGCCAAGGCGGUGAUGCGACAGGCGCUCGAUACGUUGCGAUCGCUAAAGAAAACCUUAGACUGUAUUAAGACGGCGGUGCAGCGCCAGCGAAGCAGGCGGCUCGCUUAG